AUGGUCGGCAGCACUUCAGAACAGCUUAAUGCGCUGAGCGGAACAACAGUCGUCGUACAUCCCUUGGUCUUGCUCUCCGUGACCGACCACCAUGCCCGCAGCGUUUCAAGAGGCUCCUCGAAGCGCGUAGUCGGCGUCCUCCUCGGCCAGGACAACGGCAAGACCAUCAACGUCGCGAACUCCUUCGCCAUCCCCUUCGAGGAGGAUGAGAAGGACCCGAAGACGUGGUUCCUCGACCACAACUACAUCGAGCAGAUGUGGGAAAUGUUUAAAAAGGUCAACGCUCGGGAACGUAUGAUCGGCUGGUACCACUCUGGUCCGAAGCUACGAGCCUCGGACCAUGAGAUCAACGACCUCUUCAAGCGAUAUAUUGCGCGGCCAGUCAUGGUCAUUGUCGAUGUGCGACCAGAGAACCAGAACAUCCCGACGGACGCGUACUUUGCUGUGGAGGAGAUCAAGGACGAUGGCACGGAAGUGCGGAAAACAUUCCUGCACGUUCCCUCAGCUAUCGAGGCAGAAGAGGCAGAAGAAAUCGGCGUCGAGCACUUACUGCGAGACAUCAAGGACUCGACCACGACCACCCUCUCCACACGCGUCAGCGAGCAACUAUCCUCCCUCCGUGGCCUCGCAUCUCGACUCGGCGAUCUCCAAGCCUACCUAGCGGACGUCGCUGCGGGCACCAUGCCCGUCAACCACCAAAUCGUCUACCACCUCCAAGACGCCUUGAACCUGCUCCCCGACCUGUCCGACCCGACACUAACGACAAGCUUCGCCACGAGCACCAAUGACGAGCUGCUGGUUGUGUACCUCAGCAGUCUGCUACGUGCUGUGAUCGCCUUGCAUGCGCUGGUGGAUAACAAGGCUACUAUCGGGCGGGCGGAGUUGGAGGAGGGGAAGGACGAGAAGGAGAAGAAGCCCUCGAAGGCUGACGCGAAGAAGGGGGACAAGGAUGAGAAGGAGAAGACAAAGGACAGCAGUAAGUCCGACGAGAAGUCAACAUAG